ACAGCAGUAUUUUGACAGCCACUGCUAAUGGGGCAUUUUUCGAGAAAAUUACAGCGAUUCCUCCACAAAAUUCCAACAAUUACAAGAGUUAUGAGUCGCAAAUGAAUUAAUUAGUAUUGUAGUAAAAUAUUUAACUUAAAGCGUUCUUGAACACGUGUACGUUCGCUAGCGGUGUUUAAUUGUUCGCUCUCUUUCAUAACAUAAACAUCAGUGCAAUUACAAAAAUAGUGUUCGGUAGGGACACGUAAGUGUUUAGGUCCGAUGCGUGAGAUAAAUUAAGAAAAUGAAGCGUUUAGAACUGUACUUCUUGUGUCUAUGCUUUGUGUUAUCGGCCAGUGAGUUGUUAGGGCCCGACGACAGUAAAAAGAAGGAAAAUGAUGAAGAAGAGGACAGUGGUGAUAGCUUGGACUCAAAAUACCAAACAGUUGAUGCCGAUUACUUUAAAGAGCUGAAGGAUGCUAUGAAUAAGGAGAUCGUGACUCUUCAGGAGUAUGCUGAUGCUCUGAGGAAUACCAAAGAUGUGCCUAAAGAUGAAGAAACUAAUAAAGAUAACCAUUUAGAUCAGAUGGAGUAUACUCUGAAGCUCUUAAAGAAGAGCCUGCUGAGGCACACGGAGACAGCCUGGAUACAUGACCCAAAGGCUUCUGAUAAUUCUGAAAGUGAAAUUGAGAAAUUGGAGGAGAAUCCACAAGAUAUUUUAGACACACUGCCACCAUUACCUGUUGAGGAAGAGCCUGAAUUAUCACCAGAAUUGAAAGAAGCCAAAGAACUCUACGACAUUGCAAUGGCCAAGCUAAACCGACGUUCCCCCGACCUUCGCGGCGCCAUCUUACAAAUAAAGCAAGCAGCCGACAUUGGCUUCGUUCCCGCUAAGAUCAAGCUGGCCUGGUCUUAUAUCUUCGGGGAAGGAGUGGAACUAGAUCUCGAUAAGGCCAAGAAGAUAUUUGAGGAGUUAGCUGAGGAAGGAAAUGCUGAUGCUCAUGCUGGCAUGGGCUUCCUGUACGCGACCGGCAUAGCGGUCCCCGUCUCCCAAGCCAAAGCCCUAGUCCACUACACGAUGGGAGCUCUCGGGGACAGCGACUUCGCACAGAUGGCGCUCGCGUACCGGUUCUGGAGUGGCAACACCGUGCCUAGUUCCUGUCCUAAAGCCAUGGAUCUGUAUAUGAAGGUCGCUUCUAAAGUGGCCAGUCAAGUAACAUUCAGCGGUGGUCCCGCAAUACAACGCACGCGGCUCAUAGACGAAGCUGAGGGCGGCGGACCCGGCACGCUCGACACCGACCUCAUCGAGUACUACCAGCUGCUGGCCGAGAAGGGAGACGUGCAGGCGCAGGUGGGCCUAGGUCAGCUUCACUUCCAAGGCGGUCGCGGCGUGACGCUGGACAUCAACAAGGCGCUCCACUACUUCCAGCAAGCUGCUAAGACUGGCAAUGCGGUGGCCAAUGCGUUCUUAGGCAAGAUAUACUUAGAAGGUGGUGACGGCAUUAAGGCUGACAACGAGACAGCUUUGCGUUACUUCAGGAAAGCUGCUGAGCUGAACAACCCUGUUGGACAGAGCGGAUUGGGCAUCAUGUAUUUACAGGGUCGUGGAGUACCGAAAGAUACAGCAGCGGCGUUCAAAUACUUCACGAUGGCCGCCAACCAGGGCUGGGUGGAAGGACAGCUGCAUCUAGGAUUUAUGUACUUCGGUGGUAUCGGCGUCCGUCGCGACUUCAAGCAGGCUAACAAGUACUUCUCGCUGGCGUCGCAGACGGGCCACGUGCUGGCUCUGUACCACCUGGGACAGAUGCACGCGCAGGGGCUCGGCGUGCUGCGCUCCUGCACCACGGCUGUCGAGCUAUUCAAGAACGUGUGCGAGCGUGGCCCCUGGGGUUCCCGGCUGAUGCUAGGUCACGCGGCGUGGCGAGCUAGAGACUCGGACUCGGCGCUGCUGCAGUACCUAGCGCUAGCCGAGCGAGGCCUGGAGCUGGCGCAGACCAACGCUGCCUUCUUGCUGGACAAUGGCGAGGUGCACAUAAUCCCAGCCUCGGAGCGAUGGGCCAGGGCUCUGCAGCUGUGGUCUCGCGGCGCUGCGCAGGGCUGCGGCGCCGCUCGCGUCAAGCUCGGCGACUACCACUACUACGGGCUCGGCACUCCGCAGGACCUGGAGGCGGCGGCAUACCACUACAGGAUAGCAUCAGAACAGCUCCACAAUGCUCAAGCGACCUUCAACCUGGGCUACAUGCACGAGCGGGGCCUAGGCCUGGCCCAGGACGCCCACCUCGCCAAGCGCUGCUACGACCUCGCCGCCGACACGUCGCCCGACGCCCGCCUGCCUGCAGCCCUGGCGCUGGCCCGGCUCAACGCCGCCUCGGCUUUACAUCAGAUACUCGAUUCAUUCUUACAGAGUCCACUGGCUGUCAUAUUCCUGACGGACUCAGCACUCCUGUCCAACUGGGACCUGUACCUCAUCACAGCACUCCUGGGAGCCCUAGGAGUCGUGGUCUACCUCCGAAGACCAGCCCAGCAGCCAGCCAACUAGGCUGGAAGUAACUUAAGUGAUUCGUGACGUGAACUGUACAUACAAAGUGAUUAAUGUAAAUAAAAUGUGAAUGAUUUAAAUUUUUA